AUGGCUGCCACUACUGUGGCAGAAACUGCUCCGGACCAAUUGGAAGAGGAAACAGAAUCAUCUGAAGAGUCCGAGUCAUCGGAAGAAGAGCAAACCGACGACACUGCAAAGGACACUGCGCGUGUUUCAAAAACACCACUGGCAAGUCGCUUCAUCGUGGAGAAGGCUAUGCUUCAAAGUCUUAUAUCAACGGCAACCAUCUGUUUGGCCUGCAAGAAGGAAUGUCAAUUAGAACUGCAACUUACUAAUGUAUGUGUAGCCACUAUAGGAAAGAUUUCCUGCAGUGGAUGUGGCAAAGAGACGACUGUUGAACCUCAGCAUAGCAAGUAUGGAAAAGAACCCAAAAAGAACAACAAGAAGACUUACCGAAACAGGGACUACAGUACCAAUAUCUGUUUUGUCACUGCCUUCACAGCUUGUGGCGAUGGUCCAGGUGAGCUGAAAGAAUUUGUACUCUUCUUGGACUGUCCAAUGCCACCACAAUGGCCAAGAGUUCCUUUGGACGUUUGGAAGAAUACAUAUGGCCCGCCAUCGAGGCCAUAG